GAAAUGCAAACAUAAAUCAAAGUCCGCCUUCAAUUUUUAUAUUUGACAGGUCUUUUUCUCACUUUCUCUUGCUCGUUUCUUUGUUUACCAUGUCUAGUCAGCCAGAAGAAAAAGUUACUAGUCUCUCCAAAAAGCUUUCCUAUGUUCUUCGACACGGAGCACUAAAAGAAAAUUUGAAAAUAGCUCCAGAUGGGUUUAUAAAACUUGAUGAUUUGCUAAAGCUACGUCGAUUCAAAGAUGUGACCUAUCCUGAUAUUCAAUACGUGGUUGAUCAUAAUGAUAAAAAGAGAUUUGAGUUGAAGGAAGAGAAUGAUGUAUAUUAUAUUCGAGCCACUCAAGGUCAUUCGAUUCCCGUGAUCAAUACAGAUGAGUUAUUAGAAAAACUAGACAAGGUGACUACGCCUGUUAUCCAUGGCACAACAAUGAAAGCAUGGGAAUCAAUCAAAAAUGAUGGGCUAUCUAAAAUGAAUAGAAUACAUAUUCAUUUUGCUAUUGGAUUACCAAAUGAUCCUAACGUCAAAAGUGGUGUAAGAAAGUCAAGCGAAGUAUAUAUUUUUAUUGAUGCUGAUAAAGCAAUGAGAGAUGGAAUCAAAUUCUACAAGUCUAGAAAUGAUGUUAUUCUAUCAGAUGGUAUUGAUGGAACCAUUCCUCCAAAAUAUUUUAAAAAGGCUAUAGAUAAACAUGGUGAUGUAUUAUAUGAGCAACCAUCCUAGAUCACGCACUUUUGUUUAUAAUACACAUUUUUCAUAAAUUAUGCGCACACAAUAAAAUAUCAAUAAC